UCCCUGACCUCAGUGUUUCCUUAGCUCUUCCUUCUACUUAACUCUUUUACUUCGCUUUUCUUGUAUUCACUCCUAUGGCUGCAGGAGUACUUUUCCUGUAUUCGCUCUUCUCCUCACCGUACUCACUGCUGUCAAGAAUCUCGUUUUAUAUUCACGCGUUAAUGGAUGAGUUUGUUUUCAAUUUUGUUUAUAGUUACAGAGUUUAUAACUGUAGCCAAAAUACAAGUAUUUAAUGCCUAAUCUCCACACGAAAGGGAGAAUCGUGAUUUUUUUUUUCAUUGUAUGAUAAUUUUUUUCAUUGUUCGUUGCAUUCAGCUGUUCAGGAAAGUUUAAAAAAAAAAAAGGGUGUUUAUCAGUGCAAAAAGGUAACAGCCAGCACCUGUCUGUGACAGCCCUCUGAUGUUCCUCAGAACCUCUCCUUCCUCUAAUUCUGUGCAGUGGUGGGUGAGAUGUCCACCUCUCCCCACUCGAGGCAAAGGCACCCAGAGAUGGGCAGUGUGUGAAUAGUUUGCUGCCGUAUCUUCAAGCGUCUGGUACGAGUUUUCAGUUCCUCAUUCCCUUUGAGUUCCAAAUUCCCUCACCACGGGAAGCUACUUCUUUGCUAAGGACCAGCUUACUCUGACCUACGAUGGCAUCCAACAAAUUUGUCAUUAAGUGUGGGAACUUUGCUGUCCUGGUGGAUGUUCAUAUUUUGCCUCAAGGCUCCAGUAAAGACACCAGCUGGUUUUCAGAUCAUGAGAAAGAGGAGCUCUGCAAGCUGCUGGAAGAAGUUGUUGCUUCAAGAGUCAAACACUACUUGGAAGCACGAAAGCAACGUGGUCAAUGGAAAUCAGUGGAACACAGAUCAUCUGCUCCUUUGUUUCUCACAGCCAACAGUCUCCACAUCAGUGCCUACUUCAUGAAGAGAUGGGUUAAUCUCCGUUGUGCUUUAGGGAAACGUUAUCGUGAGCUGCGUGUGUUUCCAGAGAAAUUUAUAGUUUGUGUCAGUAAACUUGACUUUGAUCCAAGUGCUUGGACAGGUGAAAAUGAUGUAUUGAAAGAAGAACUUUCCAGUGGGACAUCUGAAUAUUUUACUGAAUCUGCUGAGAACAAGGAGCUUAAGAUCAGUCUGAAUGAACAAAUAAAGCAAGACAUCCUGAAAAGCAUUGUGAAAAGGACGAAAACAAGGAAGAGUAGUGCAAGCCAACCUCAAAUCAGCAAGGGCUCCAAGAAAGUGUAUCUUGGCUCAGUGGACUCACAGGCAGAGAACAGAAAGAGCGACUGUCAAACCGCUCUCAGUCCUCGCGCUGAUGUGAAACGUCGCAGUCCAGGCCUGCUGAAGGACUGCACAAAUACAGCUGGGAGCAGCUUGGAGCUUCCUGUUUUAGAGCUGGAAAAUUAUGUUAAUCAGAGACAGGCAGAUGAUGUUAGCAGCCAGCAAAAACCUCACGCUCUGGAGUGGUUGGAGUCGAGUCUUCUAAGUGAGAACCCUCCUUACAGCUCUGAGUCAGCACUGCUGGGUCCAAAACAAAGUCAAAAAGUGACCAAAACACAGGCUCAACUAAAGAGCUGUGGUUCAGAGGAGAAGUUAGAGCAAUGCAAAAAAGUGUCCUCUGAAGGGACUCCUUUAAUUUCUGUCCAUCCAGAAAUGAGUAAGUGCAAUGCUGAUUGUUUGGGUCCAUUCCUGGGGGAUAAGACCCCCCGUAAUUCCAGAUUGUUUUCUAAGCAAGACAGGGCAAAGACUGCAGCUGACAAACAAUCAUUGACUUGGACAAAAGAACCCUCUCAGCCUCUUUCUGUGAGGAACAGUAGAGUGCAGACAAGCCAAAAUGAGCCAAGCAUAGCCACUGAGGGAUUGCCUGCAAUGCCAUCACUGAGUCUAGAACUGCAAGCUGUGUCUUCAGAGAAGCUUCCCCAAAAAAGAAAAAAAGAAGCUGAAAAUGGUCUCAGGAAGUUAAAACUUCGAAGGCUUAAGAAGUCAUAAAAUCUGGAGUAUUACCUUGAUGGCACAAGUGGUCACCCAAAUCUGUGUGUAAGCAAAAAGUAGGAAGCAAUUCAAAAUUAUGGAAAAUCAUAAAAAUAUGAAAUCAAAAUUAGAGAAGACAUUUUAAGAAAUUUUACUUAACUAAGUAUGUUAGUCAUUUGGAACUGUAAUGAGGAUAAUCCUUUGAAGUCUUUACGAAUUAGAUAUUAAUAUUGCAUGAACCAGUGUCAUAUUUAUAGAAAGAAAAAUCUCAAUAUUUACUAAGCAAAAUUUUAGUUCUGAGUAUGUUUCAGUGUUAUUAAAAAGUCAUAUCAGCUGAUAACAGCAAAAUAAAACCCUUUUCCUGGUCUGUUAGCAGCUGCACUGUUAGCAGUGUUUUGCUUGUUUCUGAACACAUAGUUUAUUUUACUAAAAAUUAAUCCUUUGUGCUAGAAAGUUCAUGGUUUAUUCACAUGAUCUUUACAUCAAUAAGGCAAAUUGAGCUUAUUUCAAAUAAAUCUUUAACCAGAAUUAAUAGCUGAUAAUUUGAGACCCACCUUUUCAGCCAGGUUUCAAAAUAACUGCACUUUUCUGCUUAUGCAGUUUUGAUAUGAACAUUUAUUUCUAGCCCAGACUGUGGGUACAAGUGAUCAUGCAUUCAGUCUUUGGAAAAAUGAAGGUUGGGUUUCUGUAUUUAGAUUUAUAUAGUUACACCUGGAUGUGCAAACAUUGCUCUGGGGUGAAGUUCAGACAUAAACAUAUGGACAUACAUUUAUUUUUCAAAAUCAGGCCCUGUUUAAUGCAACGACAACAUUGUGGUUUUCAUGUGUUAGUGAUACCCCAGUUAGUCCUUACUUUAAGGUAGAGGUCAUUUUCCAUUGCACGGUGCCUUUUCAUGCUGCUUUUUAAAUUUAUAUGCUAAUGAGCUAAGGAAACAUAACUUUAUUUCAUGUCUGUCUUUUAUAAAUGUGUAAAAUAAAUUUAUGAGCAAUUUUCUUU